UUGUGAGGCAAGUGGUUAGCAGUGACGACGCGUACACCACAAUGUCAGCGCGGGCGGGGGCGGUGGUGUUGGUGGUGUCAGCGGUGGUGUUCUGUGGAGCCGCUUUCCCGUUCUCUAGUAAUAAGGAGAACAACUCGCUGGAAAGGGUGCUGAGAAUGAUAGACACAGAGAAAAAGAGAAGAAAUGACUUUGGAGAUCUCAUGAUGGAAUCGGGCGAGGAGAGCGAUCAGCUGUCUCGACUGCUUUUUGAGCGACAGUUUGGAACAGAAACUGAAUUUGUACGACAGCUGAGGCACAGGGGACACAAGAGUAAAGAGAAGAAGAGAGGAAGGAGCAAAGAGAGGAAACGCAAAAGCAAGGAGAAGAAAUCCAAAGGGAGCAAAGAGAAGAAGAGGAGACACAGCAAGGAGAAGAGACCCCGCAGUCGAGAAAGAUACCCUUGGCCUACCACCUCCGUUACCAUGACAACACCUCUGUCCACUUCCACAUCCGCAUUCGAGUCAUCCACCCUGUCGGUCUCCAGGUCAACACCUACGUCCACGCUCAUGCCGACGACUAUGACAACGACCUUCCCGACGACUGCCGCAAGGACUUCGAUGCUCCCGACGACCCCGAACUCCCUCGCUUCGACGUCAAACGACCCAAGAUUUCCAGAAGGAAUGCCCAGCUUUUUCCCCGAUGCGGAGACUAUCGAGCCGUUUAUCUGAGGGGUAUAGAUAAGCGAUAGAUAGAUAGAGGGAUGGAUCGAAUGAUAGACAGACAGACAGAUAGGACUAUGUAGGAAUAGUGUCGGGGAUUGGUUGAGAUGUCUCAUUGUAAAAAAAAAUAUAUAUAUGAUUACGGAUUUCUGAGUGAGACAUCUCUCUCUAACUGAAUAUCUGUCAGUUUAUCUAUCGAUCUACCUCUGUCCAAGGUGCAUAUAACCAGGUACCUCCACUUCUGUUUAGCCCGUUAAACCCAAAAAUUGAAUGUACUUUUUCCCAAGAGUAGUCGGACGGCUGUUAAUGAUAGGGAAUUCUUCGUUAACAUAAAUAAGACUGGGAAAUUUUGUUUUUACUGAUGGUGAUUAUUACAAUAUUGGGAAAAUGAUACAAAUAAUCAUGCAUCUUACUAC